ACAUAUUGCAAUAGAUGGAUGCAAAUGGAAAACUCGGAUUUAAUGCAACCGAACUUCUGAACGCGGCUUAAAACCGUGCUUAGAUAAAUUUACGGUAAGGGCGCAAGUAGAAAUGCUUAAUUGAGUAGGUGCGGGUUUUAGACAAUUGGGUUUAUCCCCGCUAAUUUUGCAGUCAAAAUGAUGAACUGAUUAACUGAUGAGAAGAUGAGGUUAAAUUCCAUUUACGGACGGCGGAGAUACCCUGUGUUAAACUGUGAAUUGAAUAAGAAACUGUGGAUAUGUGUUAUUCUUAAUUGAAUAUAAAUACAGGUAGAUUUUUACUGAAAUAUGAGAAUGAAUAAUUUCUAACCUCAUCACAAAACAAAUCAGCUAAUCAGCUUCUAUAUACUUUGUUAAAUAACUAAAUAAACUAUUAAAAUGACUAAAACUACUAUUGCUAUCAUCGGAGUCUCAGGUUCAUUGGGUCAACCAAUCCUUGAUGUUCUUCAAUCAGACUUGUUUAAGGAUAAAGUUCAAUUCCCAAUUAAGGCAUUCUCCAGAAGAGAUAUUCCAUCAACUGAAACUGUUGAAUAUAUUAAAGCAGAUAUUACUGAAGAAAAUAUUCCUAAAAUUAUUGAAGAAUUAAAUAAAGAUGGUGGAGUUGAUACUAUUAUUGAAUUAGUAGCUUCUGAUCCAAAAUUAUUUGCUUUAGUUACUAAAAUUAUUGUUGGAGCUAAACCAAAAUUAUUUAUUCCAUCUCAAUUUGGGGUUGAAAUUGAUAAAGUUAAUACCUAUAUUCCCAACUUUUUAAGUCAUAAAACUAUUCAAUCUAAAACUACUAGAGAAGCAGGUAUAAAGACUGUUGAUAUAAUUACUGGAUUUUUCUUUGCUCCUGGUACUUAUCUUUAUGAAGCAGUUCAACAAAUUGGAAUUGAUCCAAAUACUAAAACUUUAGAAAUUUUUGGAGAUUUAUCUAAUAAGAUUUCAGUAAACUUUGUUGAUGAUAUUGCUAAAUCUGUUGUAAGUAUUGCAACUAAUUCAAAACCUAAUGAAUUACCAAAUAAAGUUAGAAUUGCUGGUGAUGUAGUAACUUUUCAACAAAUUGUUGAUACAUUUGAAAAGAAUCAUAAUACUAAAUUACAAAUUACUAAACAAGUUACAUCUCAAGAAGCUUUAAAUGAAUUUUUUGAAAAGAUUAAAAAUGGUCCUAAACAUGAAGAUAUUUUCUUUUAUUUACAUACAAUUGCUUCUCAAGGUACUGAUAAAGGUAUUCAUUAUAGUAUUAAUGAGAAUGAAAUUGUUAACCCCGGUGAAAAAUUAUGGAAAUGGGCCAAAUAUUAAAUUAAAUAAAUUAAAUAAAUUAAAUAUCUUUAAGUUAUACUUAUUCUUUUGCUUAUUCUGUCUUUUUUACUAUUAGUGAUAUUAAUACAAUAAAUUUUAUUUUCUUCCUAUUAAUCAUAUAUUCAUUUUGUAAGGAAGAGAAAAGAUGGAAUAGAAACUAUCUAUAAGACAAUAUGUUGAUUUUUCACAGUUAAUAGUAAAUUACUAUGAAAAAUUAAACUAAACGAAAGGUGAUAUGAUGAAAUAUAUACACUAGAAUAAAAGGAAUCAUAUCUAUCCAUUGAUCUUAAUUAAGAUUAUCUUUCUUUCGUAAUAAUUAUAGUCACAUCCCAAUCUAAUUUGUAAAUAAGUUUUUCUUUUUAUUUUCUUUUUUUUUUAAAAUAUAUAUAGUAAAUGAUAA